GGGGUCGGUGGCUGCUGGGCGGGCGGGGCGCAGGCCGCGGGGCCCGAGCCGGGGGGAGCGGGCGAGCGGAGGCGCCGAGGAUCCGAUUCACUCGCUGGGGAGACCUAUGGGCCGAAGCCGUGUAAAUGCGUUUUAAGCAGGGGCCUCGGCUCCGCAACUGCCACUCCUCCUUGGGGUGUUGCACAAGUUCCGAGGUCACCGGCGACCCUCCCUAGCAGCGCGCCUGGCUCUGGCCCCCGCGAAGGAGGACGGGGCUUGUGUGUUGCAUACUUUCUAAGGCGGCGGGGCUGCGGGGCAGCGGCUUCAUCCAGCCCAACGGCUCCUCCUCCUCGGCAUGGCUGGCUACUUGAGCGAAACAGACUUUGUGAUGGUGGAGGAGGGCUUCAGCACCCGAGACCUGUUGGAGGAGCUCACUCUGGGGGCCUCACAGGCCACCGCGGGUGACGUUGCUGCCUUCUUCGUGGCCGACCUGGGUACUGUGGUGAGGAAGCACUUUUGCUUCCUGAAGUGCCUGCCCCGAGUCCGGCCUUUUUACACAGUCAAGUGCAACAGCAGCCCAGGUGUGCUGAAGGUCCUGGCUGAGCUGGGGCUGGGCUUCAGCUGUGCCAACAAGGCAGAGAUGGAGUUGGUUCAGCGUAUUGGCGUCCCUGCCAGUAAGAUCAUCUACGCCAACCCCUGUAAGCAAAUUGCACAGAUCAAGUACGCCGCCAAGCACGGGGUCCGGCUGCUGAGCUUUGACAACGAGAUGGAGCUGGCAAAGGUGGUAAAGGGCCACCCCAGUGCCAGGAUGGUUCUGGGCAUUGCUACUGAUGACUGUCACUCCCUGAGCCCCCUGAGCUUCAAGUUUGGAGCGUCGCUGAAAUCCUGCAGACACCUGCUUGAAAAUGCCAAGAGGAGCCACGUGGAGGUAGUGGGGGUGAGUUUUCACGUUGGUAGCGGCUGUCCUGACCUUCACGCCUACGCUCAGUCCAUCGCAGACGCCCGGCUUGUGUUUGAGAUGGGCGCUGAGCUGGGCCACAGGAUGCAUCUCCUGGACCUUGGUGGUGGCUUUCCUGGAUUGGAGGGGGCCAAAGUGAGAUUCGAAGAGAUUGCUUCUGUGAUCAACUCAGCCUUGGACCUGUACUUCCCAGAGGGCUGUGGCGUGGACAUCCUUGCCAGGCUGGGGCGCUACUACGUGACUUCGGCUUUCACCUUGGCUGUCAGCAUCAUCGCCAAGAAGGAGGUUCUUCUGGACCAGCCUGGAAGGGAGGAGGAAAGUGGUUCCAUCCCCAAGACCAUCGUGUACCACCUCAGUGAGGGCGUGUAUGGGAUCUUCAACUCAGUCCUGUUUGACAACACCUGCCCUACCCCCAUCCUGCAGAAGAAAUCAUCCACGGAUCAGCCCCUGUGCAGCAGCAGCCUGUGGGGCCCUGUGGCCGACGGCCAGGACUGCGUGGCUGAGGGCCUGUGGCUGCCGCAACUACACGUAGGGGACUGGCUGGUCUUUGAGAACAUGGGCGCCUACACCGUGGGCAUGGCUUCCCUCCUCGGGGGGACCCAGACAUGCCGAGUCACCUAUGCCAUGUCCCGGGUGGCCUGGGAAGCGCUUCGAGGGCAGCUACUGCCUACAGAGCAGGACGAGGACACCGAGGGCAUGUGCAAGCCUCUGUCCUGUGGCUGGGAGAUCACAGACACCUUGUGCGUGGGCCCGGUCUUCACCCCGGCGAGCAUCAUGUGAGCGGACCCCGUUUCCCCCCGGAGAACUCCAGCGGGGCCGCAGAGAUGCCUCUGGGAGACGUGAGGAAAGCAGCAAACAGGGGCAGCCUCUGGCCAGGACUGUGGUGCUCGCUCUGCUUCCCCCCACGCUCCGCCUGUAGUGUUUCUGCCCUGUAAAUAGGACCAGUCUUACACCCGCUGUAGUGCAAGUAUGCAACAUAAAUCCUGUCCCUUCCAGCUGUGUCUGCCUCCUCUGCAGCGCAAGGGGCCUGGUCAGCCAGGUGUGGGGUGUUCUCGGGGUCUCCCUUGGUCUCCUUCCCACCUUUGUAAAUAUGAAGCAAAUAAAUAUUUAGGUUUUUUUUUUUUUUUUAAUACUCCAGUGGAAUCUAGCUGUUCAAUUCACAAAGCAGCCUGGGCGAGGCCAGGGCCGAGACUUUCCCACCCAAUAUGGAUGACCCUAUGCCCUCUGCAUCAGUCCUGACCCAGCUGUGGUGUGGGCAUCUCCCAUGGCACCCGGCUUCUCUGACUCACCUCUGUGCUCUGCAGCAGCUGCCAUGCCUGGUGUCAUGAGGAAGAGUGAGGUGUCAGGGAUUGAGGCAGGGGUCAGAGCUGCCAUCCUUCGGCCCGGGACUUGUAGCUCCCCGCUGGUUGAGGGACCUCUAUGGAACCCAAGACCCAGCCUAAGGCCUGGUCCAAUGUGGAGGCAAAGAGCAAAGAAAUGGGUGUCAAGAGACGUUCUGAAGAGACCCUGCAGCCUUACCAUCCUUGUAGGUAUGUAAGGCAGUAAGAGUAAUGCAGAGAUGGGGAGGUUGGUUUUGCUUAUCCAGGCAAUAACUACCAGAGCAGGGCUGGCCACAGAGCACUGCCACGUCCAGUGCCGAGGGGCCUGAUACUGAUAUCUCCUAAACUGGAAGUUCAGUGUCACUGCUGGAGUCCCAGGCAAUGCACCCCGGGGGGAGUGAGCUGCUUAGCAAAGGAGAUCAGAUUUUAGAGUUCCCCUAGCUGCUACAGGGGACCUGAAAGAUUUUUCUUCUGUAAUUAAGAAAAACUGAAAUAUAAAACUCACAUGCCUUAAAACCCACCCUUUCCAAGUACAGAAUUCAUGGUUUUUAGUAUACUGAGUCUGUACAACCAUCACUACCGUCCAAUCCCAGAACAUGUUCAUUACCUUGAAGAGGAAGCCUGUGCCCAUUAGCAUUCACGCCUCACUUCCCCCUUCCCCCAGGUCCUGGCAGUCACUACUCUACUGCCCAUCGCUGUGGAUUGGGCUAUUCUGGACAUAUCAUUAUGAAUGUUUUUAUACCCUCACUUGAGCUUCUGUCUGGGUAAGCGUGGUACAUGGGUUUUUUUCCCACACUGCCAAGCAAUUCUCCGACACCAGCUGGGUGCCCCUGAGUUCAACUGGAUUCUGACACUAUCUGCCCAGAGACAGCUUUAGAUCCCACAGGUCAGGGGCUCAGUCCUACAAGACCACCCCACUCUCCCCCUACUUCAGACCCUGAUCUCCCAAGUCCAGGUCAUGACCUGUGUUUGGACCAACGGGCUAUAGACUGGAGGUUCCAAUAACCCGCUUCCUUGGGCUUAAUGAAUUUGCUAGAGUGGCUCAUGGAACUCAGGGCAACCCCUUCCUUAUAUGUUCUUGUUUUAUGAUGAAAGGAUGUAACUCAGAAGAGCCAGAGAAAGAGCUGCACGGGGUAAGCCCUGGCGAUGGUGCAGCGCUCCAGUGCCCUCCCCAGGCAUCAGUCUCCCAGCAUCCCCAUGUGUUCACCAGCCUGGAGGCUCCCCAAACCCUGUCCUGUGCGGCUUUUAUGGAGGCUUCAUUACCUAGGCAGGACUGAUUAGAUCAUUGGCAUCGGCGACUGAACUCGAUCUCCAGCCUCCUUCCCUCCCCAGAGUUGGAGGGUAGGAUAUAACAAAAGACACCUUUGUCACCUCGUCACUUAGGAAAUUUUAGCAUCUCCGUGCCAGGAAUGGGGAUGAAAACAAAGCACAUGUCUGUUAUUGAAAGUCACGAUAUCAUACCUGGUCUGCCAGUUUUAGCGUCUCAGCCAGUCCUGGGUCCUGCGUGUGGCUCUGAGGUCCCCUCACGAGGCAACAUAUUCUGAGUGAACUGGGUGCUUGUCUAAAGCAGAGAUGCCUUUUCUGGGCAGAGCCUAGUUUGUGGUACUUUGACAAUAAGCAGGCUGAAAGGUCAGGACCGCAAGAGAUGCAGGGACCAAGCAGCCAGGGUCCCUGUAUUGCUGGCUGGUUCUCCACGCACCACCAGUUUUCCCAUCUUACUGUGCCGGGCUCCGGCCUUGUGGGUGAGGCUGUUUCGAAGACUUCUCAUGUUUUGAUGCCUUUUUGAUGCUGGAGCAGAUCCGGACCCGCUCAUGCUUGUUUGGCGGAGAGGGAAGGAGGGCAGACACAGGUUCUGCCGGAACUGGCCAUCUGCUUCCAAAGGCAGCAGAUGUGCUGCUAAGAGCGCUGGCUGCAGGGAGAUCCAGGCAUAACUCAUUGCCUUGUCCACGGCGGGUUCGCGGGUUCGCUGGGGAGAGGCUUCUGUGGCUUUUAAAGUGACAGCAGCUGGCACGGAGUUGGAACAGAUUUCUCACUGGAGCCUUUCAAAUGUUUCAUGUUCCAUUUGCAGCAAGAGUGUGAAAUUUAUACUUUUCCGAGAAACAGAGAAGUUGCUGUAACUUGCUUGAGAAUAAACAGUCAUUUCAGUUGUUUUGGUUUGUCAU